AGCCAGUUCUGAUUUUCUGACCAGCCUCUCUAGGCUGGCCAUUAAUUCUAGACCCACUAAUCAGAUAGAAGUGACUUUUUGAGGAGAUCAGAGGAAGAUGAGAGUAAGCGUGUCAUAAUAAUUGCCGGGUUUUCUGGAUAAUGACCAGCUCUUAGAAGUUUAUCAGAGAGGUAAGAGAUGAGAAAAUAGCUUGUGUGUCAAGUUCGGGCUCUGAAUCUUCACCCUAUCUUCUUGGGCUUUUGGCAGGGUUUGAGGGUUGUGGGAGAAGAGAAGAGAGAGAGAGAGAGAGAGAGAGAGAGAGAGGCAGGUGGGAAGGAGGUGAGGGAGAAAAGCAAAAGCCGAGGUCUUUCUCAUAUUCACAGAUCCCUAUGGAGGAGUGCAGGGAUGCUCCCCAGCAUUGCUUGCUCAAGUUCAUUCUUUUUGUUUAGAGAGAGAGAGAGAGAGAAGAGAGAGGCUUUGUGUGUGGUGUUUGGUGGAUAAAUUUCUACCAUGUGUUCUGCAGCUAGAGAACAAAAAACCAAGCUUUCAGAUGGGGGGAAGCAGGAGUUUUUGAAAUGAUUACUUAGUUUGCUGCAGUUUGCUGCUCAAUGAUUGACUUGCCUUGUUGCUAGGAACAAACAUCUUGGAGCAAGAGAAGAGAGGAAGAAGAAGAAAAAAGAAGAUGAAGUCCAUGAAUGACAGUAACAAUGGCAGCAAUAAUAGUAAUAAUAAUAACUGGCUGGGUUUCUCUCUCCCCCCCCACAUGAAAAUGGAGGUGACUUCUCCAGGCUCUCAUCAGCAGCAGCACCAGUACCAUCAUCAUCAAUCCCAAGCCCAAAUUCAUGGAGUCUCUUCUGCAGCUGCUGUGCCCAAUGCUGUUCCAACCAACUUCUUUCUGACUCCUAACCUCAACACCUCUGGGAUCUCUUAUGGCUUUGCAGAAAAUGGUGGCUUUCACUCUCCCCUCUCUGUAAUGCCACUCAAGUCAGAUGGGUCUCUCUGCAUCAUGGAAGCUCUCAGCAGAUCACAACAAGAAGGGAUGGUGCCGCAUUCAUCCCCAAAGCUGGAAGACUUUCUUGGUGGUGCCACAAUGGGAGCCCAUCAGUAUGGGAACCAUGAGAGAGAAGCAAUGGUCCUCAGCCUAGACAGCAUGUACUAUCACCAAAAUGCAGAGCCAGAAACCAACAGACAACACUCGUUAGACCUUAUCCAACACCAGCAACAGAUGACCAACCCAGUUCACCACACACCUUAUUUCUCUGGGCUCGCAUGCCAUGGGAUUUACCAAGCCCCACUGGAGGGGGAAACCAAGGAAAGCUCUCAUCUUGUUGACUGUGAAGCUCAAAUCCCAUCAAUGAGGGAGGCAGCUGGAAUACCCUGCCUCAAAAACUGGGUUAGCAGCAAUAUGGUUGACGAAAGGGGAGCUUCUGGCCCUAUAGGCACAAUGGGGUGUGGGGAUUUGCAGUCUCUUACCUUGUCUAUGAGCCCUGGCUCGCAGUCAAGCUGUAUUACAACUCCAACCCAAAUCUCGCCCACUGGAACUCAUGAGUCGGCCAUGGAAACCAAAAAGAGAGGGUCUGCGAAAGUGGGUCAGAAGCAGCCUAUUCACAGGAAGUCCAUUGACACUUUUGGGCAGAGAACAUCGCAGUAUAGAGGUGUGACGAGGCAUAGAUGGACUGGUAGAUAUGAAGCACAUUUGUGGGAUAACAGUUGCAAGAAGGAAGGGCAGACAAGAAAGGGGAGGCAAGUUUUAGGCGGCUACGACAUGGAAGAGAAAGCGGCAAGAGCUUAUGAUCUUGCGGCGCUGAAGUACUGGGGACCUUCAACACAUAUCAACUUCCCGUUGGAGAAUUACAAGGAAGAGCUUGAAGAAAUGAAAAACAUGAGCCGGCAGGAGUACGUUGCCCACCUGAGAAGGAAAAGCAGCGGGUUUUCCAGAGGAGCUUCUAUGUACAGAGGAGUAACAAGACAUCACCAGCACGGAAGAUGGCAAGCUCGGAUCGGUAGGGUUGCGGGGAACAAGGACCUCUAUCUUGGGACCUUCAGCACUCAAGAGGAAGCAGCUGAAGCUUACGAUGUUGCUGCCAUUAAGUUCCGUGGGGUUAAUGCUGUCACAAACUUUGACAUAACAAGAUAUGACGUGGAAAGGAUCAUGGCCAGCAAUUCUCUACUCGCCGGAGAGCAUGCCAGGCGUAACAAAGAGAUAGAACCUAACCAUGAGAGCAUCGAAUAUAACCCGUCAACUCAAAACAGUGAGGGCAUUCGAUCUGAAAGCAAUGGGAAUGUUCCAGAUUGGAAGAUGGUUCUGUAUCAGUCCCCCCAGCAGCAGCCAAAUGCUUGUGUGGAUUCAACUGAUCAGAAAUCAACCAGUAUUGGAAAUUAUCGAAACUCCUCAUUUUCAAUGGCUCUACAAGAUCUGAUUGGCAUUGAUUCUGUGAAUUCAAACCAGCCCAUUACUGAUGAAUCGACCAAGCUCAGAACCCACUUCUCAAACUCAUCCUCCUUGGUCACCAGCUUGAGUAGCUCGAGGGAAGAUAGUCCGGAUAAAACUGGCCCCUCAAUGCUCUUUGCAAAGCCUCAAUUAAUGUCAAAGUUCACCAACCCUGCAGGCCCAGUUAACUCUUGGAUCCAGUCCUCCCAGUUGAGGCCUGCUGCCAUCUCCAUGGCUCACUUGCCAGUUUUUGCUGCUUGGAAUGACACCUAGGGCUUUCUGUGUUUGUUAACGUGUAAAGUUUUGCAUGAAGGAUGGGAGAGGAGGAAGAGAAAAAAGAAGCAAGAAGAGACAGAAACUGGUGCUGGUGGUGGUAGAAAAGGCGAAUGAAGUUAGGUUUUACUUAUUAUUUUUUCGAGUCUCAGCUUUACAAGUGGGAUCAAAGCUGGGGAUUAAUCAAAGACAAGGGGUAGGACUGGGGACCCAUUCUCUUGUGUCUAAGCAGGGUGCUAGGAACUUUUUCAACUGAACCUUUUGGCUGGUAUUGGAAUGAAGAUCUUGCAAAAUGGUGGGAAGGGAUUUAAUGAUUUUUGCAGUAUAGCGGUGCCCCUUUUAUAUAAAUAUAAUAAUAUAAUUGAAUCUGCUUUUUUGAUA